AUGUUUGGUCUAUUUCCCGACAGAAUAUUGAAAAACCAAGAAGAAAUUCGUCGCCCACAUUUUCAUGGUAAAAAAUCCCCAUUUGCCUCAAAAAUGGGGAAAACUGCAAAAGUUGUUGUAUUUGGUUUAAAGGGUGUUGGAAAGACUGCAAUUCUUGAGCAGUUAAUUUAUGGCAAUGUCACCAAAGCUACAGAAUUACAUUCCACAAUUGAAGAUAUAUACAUUGCUAAUAUAGAGACUGAUCGUGGUACAAAAGAGAAAGUUCGGUUUUAUGAUACUGCUGGUCUAGACCAUCCACAUUCAAUAAAUCAGAUUUCAAGAGAUCAGUCACACGUAGCAAGGCAAUACUUUGGACUUGCUGAUGGAUACAUUUUGGUUUAUGAUACGGAUCGACCAGAAUCACUUGACGUACUAAUAUCUUUAAAGAAGGAAAUUGACAAAAAUAGAGAUAAAAAAGAAGUCACUCUCAUCAUUUUAGGUAAUAAAACUAAACCAAUGGAUGUUGGAUGUCUUGAAAAUACUGCAAGUAAGGCAUCACAUUGGGCAAUGAGAGAAAAAGUAAAACAUUACGAAAUUAAUGCAAUGGAUAGAAAUUCUUUGUAUGAACCGUUUGUUCACCUUGCUUCACGAUUGAAUCCUCCACCCAACAAGAGUUCAUUUCCUCAACUCAGCAUGGUAAGGAAAACAAUAGGUAGGCCUGAUUCUAAUUGAUAGUCAUCUAUUGUAUGAAAAGACAGUGCAAUAUUGUUUACUCUGUUUUCAUUUUGUUGUCAAUUUAACCAUUUUUCAAAUUACGAUUAUGUAUUGCAUUAAGAGAAAAAGAUUCUAAUGCAAGAAUUAAUAGAAUUGUUUUCCUUUGGUGUUGUACUUACAUUACUUAGUACAAACAUAUUAACACUCAUUACUUUUGCCAAAUUUUACACAUUUUACCGAAGAAAACCGUUUUUGCAUUUUUAGAUGAAUUUCAAUGCAUAUAAACAAGUUUUGAACAAUUACCUCUAGGUAAACUAUUAUUUUAAUUCAUUUUCAUUGACAACCUAAGUGUUCAUUCUUUUGUGAAAGAGAAAUUAUUUCCUUUCUGUGAAUUGAUUUCACUGGUAAUUCAAUUUACACAUACUAAAAUUUUCUUUUUCCUGCGACCCCUAUCUGUUAAAAAUAAUUAAAGAUGUGAUCAAUAAAAUUUUCACCUAUUACAGCAACAUACACUUGGAUAUUUCAUGUUAAAUUUCUUGUGUUGUUUACUUAUUGGUUAUGUAUCCAGGGGUAUUUAGAUUUUAUUCACUAGUGUAAAAUAGCACCUGCUGCUUUUGUCACUUGAGAGGCCAAACUUUUUCACUUGUGAAUAUAAUCUUACUGUACUCUUAUGUACCAAAAUUAUUGUUAUACACAACUUGAGGAUAAUGAAUAUUGUAAUCAUGUAAGAUCUGAAAGAAGUGUCCUUAAGUGAAAACUCAUCUGCAACCUUGCCUAAAACGAACACUACAAACUUUGUUAAUUUGAAUAUGUGAUUUGAAUGCAGGACCAAUGGAAAUUUGUAAUUACUCAGUUUUUUGUAACAGGCAUUCAAGUAAUACGUUAACAAAGAAAAUAAGCCUUUGCAUUAUAUUUGUUUCAAUUACAAUAUUUAUUACUUUGUCAGAAUUUAUCUGUGCAACAUAAGAAACCCAAUUUGACCUAUAAGAAGUAAAGAGAACAAAUUGAGAAUUUUUUUCAUCUGUUCUCCAUCGUGUAAAACAUCCUGAGACCUUUAUUAACUUAAUUUCUGUAUUCAUUAUGGAUACAAAACGAUACUGUAUCAAAUAAAAAGUACUGAAGAGAAAAAAGAAAUGUAUAUUUGACUGACAUUAAAACUAUUCAUUUCGCAUUUAUAUUUGCAACCUUAAUUUAUUUGAAAAGGGAAAGACGGUUGUAAGAACAUUUAUUGUGAUGGAAUAAUUGAACAAUUGUACAAAAAUAUACUUUUUUAUGAUAUUUGAUUAA